UGUAUUAAACUUACAUUUCCCACACGCCCCCCGCCGUGUGCAGCAGUAUAUUACUGCCCUGUGAGGGGUAAUUGGACACUAAUUACCGUGAAGCUGUAAACCCCUCCUGCCAACAGCUGAUUGGACAGACCUCAGUGGACCCCAUCAUCUUGGCCCUGCCCCCACCGUCCCAGGUAUAAGGGGAUCCAGGUCAACGGCUGGAGGGCAGAUCAGUUUGUGACAGGACUGUACAUUCCCCCAAAAGCCCCGAAUCCUGGUUCACGUUUCAGUUCUUCCCUAAAAAAGAGAGAAAAGUUUGGUCAUAACUGGAUUUUCUUCUUCCUGCUGUGUUCUGGACUGAACCAUGGAGUUGUCGGAUAUCUCUUUCCCCAUCCCCACCGCUGAUGAUUUCUAUGACGACCCCUGCUUUAACACCAGUGACAUGCACUUCUUCGAGGACCUGGACCCGCGGCUGGUCCAUGUGGGGCUGUUGAAGCCGGACGACUCCUCCUCUUCAUCCUCAUCCUCCCCUUCCUCUUCUUCCUCCUCCCCGUCCUCCCUCCUGCAUCUCCACCACCAUGCCGAGGUGGAGGACGACGAGCACGUCCGCGCCCCCAGCGGGCACCACCAGGCGGGCCGCUGCCUGCUCUGGGCCUGCAAGGCCUGCAAGAGGAAGACGACCAACGCGGACCGGCGGAAGGCGGCCACGCUGCGGGAGCGCCGGCGGCUCAGCAAGGUCAACGACGCCUUCGAGACCCUGAAGCGCUGCACGACGGCCAACCCCAACCAGAGGCUGCCCAAGGUGGAGAUCCUGCGCAACGCCAUCAGCUACAUCGAGUCCCUGCAGGCGCUGCUGCGCGGUGGCCAGGAAGACGGCUUCUACCCGGUGCUGGAGCACUACAGCGGGGACUCGGACGCAUCCAGCCCCCGCUCCAACUGCUCCGACGGCAUGACGGAUUUUAACGGCCCCACCUGUCAGACAACCAGAAGAGGAAGCUAUGACAGCAGCUCUUAUUUCUCCGAGACUCCAAACGGCGGUCUGAAGAGCGAACGCAGUUCAGUGGUCUCCAGUCUGGACUGCCUGUCCAGCAUCGUGGAGCGGAUCUCCACCGAUAACAGCAGCCUGCUGCCGCCUGCUGACGGCCCAGGAUCCCCGACGACGACGACAACUGUGCCGAUGCAGUUUGCUGAUCCUACACGGAGACGCUAAUAAAAGGAGGAGCCUGAAUAAAAUGAUUUUAAAAAGUCAUAGGAAGGAGCUGAAGUCUUAAUUUUGACCUUCUAUGUCAUACAAAUGAAAAGUUGCUUUUAUCAUUCCAAAGUUACCUACAUUAGUUAAUUUUCCAAGCAGGAAUGAGCUUCCACAACCACCCCAGAUUCCCUUUCCUGUUUCUGAAAUAAGUCGAGAUCAGACCACUUAAUUCUGUAGUUACGUUUUAAAUAGAAACCAGUUCUGUUCUUGCUGUAUUUUUAUUUAAUUUUAAGUUAUGAAAAAUAUUUUAAGCCUCAGCUUAGUCUUUCAGAUGGAUCCCCCCUCCUUCCCCACUCCACCCUUCUGUGUAUAGUCUAGCUGAUGAAGGACGGAGGCCAAAAACCACCCAUUAACAUUCCUCCACUUUCGUCUAUCUGAAGUCCGAAAGGCCCCAGCUGUUCAAUUUCCUCAGGAGGAAAAAGGAGCUACAGUAACUGUUCGGCAUUUUAGAAGGAAACUAGAUGUAAAAGCACAAAUUUCUGCAGUAAAAGCUUAACAGAAUCCGACCUGCGUGUACGGAGGUAUUGUAGUGACCUUAUUUCCUCCCGUCAGUUUUGAAGUAGGUUCAGACCUCCUUCCUGUUCAAAGCAGAUUUUUAAUUUCUUUCAUUUGUCAUUUCACUCACUGCAGCGGAGGACCACUUUUCUGUUUCUGUAAAUAUUCUGUAAAUAAGAGCUGAUUUGUUCCAACUGAAAGUAUUAAUUAUGUAUUUAAUGUUUCUGUCUGUAUGUGCUUUUGUUUGUUGUGAAAAAUGUUAAACUUUAUAUUUAUACAUCUGAAAAUGAGUGACAGUCUAAAGACAAAUAAAUGCUUAUUUAUACAAAAUAUA